UGCAAACAUUUCGCUAAGACCGAUAACCGCCCAUUUCUUUCUCUAUCCUCAUCAUCUGUUUGCUUCUCGGUAAGGCGCAGGAGGGGUCUCCAAGGCACCUUUCGCCCGUUUUCUUUUACAACGACCUUCCUUUUGAUGUGAGAGAUCGUAGCUGCUGGUUCUGGCUGCCAUUCCUUGUCGCCUUCUUUUCCUUCUUUACCUCUCUAACUAGCUUGAGGCCUCGAGCUAGGCUUAUUUCCAAACUCUUCAUCCAACCUGGAACUUCAUAAAGCCAUUCAACCUUUUUUGUUGGGGCGACCACUUGAUUGUGGUUGAGCUUUUUUUUUUUUCUUUACAUUGGCAACCUCCACAUCCUAUCGUCUUUACGGAUCUGUACGAAUACCAAGAAAACUAUACAGCUCAGAAUGCCACCAGAUGCUGUUACAUAUCUCUCUCUCAGCGAUGACGCUGCGGUAGAGUCAGUUUUGGCAGACAUUCCCUUCUUCUGCAUUGGAAUCAUGGCAUUUGGUAUUUCUACUUUUUUUCUUGUAAUGAAACAAGUGAAUUUAUCUUCACUGUACCUUUAUCUAUCAGCUCUGUUGGCCUUUACUGCUUCCAUUUUUGAUCUGAGUCAACUUCUUGCGAGGGGCGGCUAUAACGUCGCCCAAGGCUACGAUACAAACUCGGUCCAAGGUCUUAUCGAUACCAGGGAAGUCAGUCUCGGCCUGUCACUUGGUCUUCGUUUCAUGUUCUUCUGGACGUUCGUCGCUGAGCGUCCUCGUGGUGAACCGCCCCCCAUUCUUCAAGAAGAUCGCAAGGCUGAAUAUGAAUCUCGAUAUCACGCCCACAGCGCCAGCUGGCAGCGUUGGGGAUAUCUUGGUUUCAUCCUCAAGUGGGGACUUUUGGCACUCACAGUAGCUAUCCCUAUCAUGCAGAUCAUCUGGAGAAUAUUUCAACGUCAAUUUGGGCUAAUAUACACUGUUGAAUCCACCAUCGAAAUCGUGGUCUCUUCGCUAUUCCUUCUCAAAUUGUUCCUCAACAUCUUUCUCUCACUGGUCAGCCCAUGGUGGCUACGACUCCUUUUGUAUCUGGGACCCAUUGCCGCUUUGUUGAUCAGUCUCGGGAUAGGUAUUGGACAAUUAAUAUUUUUCGCUUUUUCCGAGACCACUCUUGGUCGGUUUCUUCAAGCCGUAGAGUUAUACAUCAUGAUUGUGUUCCUCCUGAUACACACUUUCUACGUAAAGCCAGAAAUGUGCCGACGUCAGGCACGGGUGUCUUCAUUCAAUGGUUUAGGUGGAUUCAGAAACUCGGAGAGUCUGCCCAAGCAAGCUCUCAGCGUUGGGACAAUUGAUCACAACGACAUCCUUGAAUCUACACGAAACACCCGAGAGUCAGUCGUAUUGCCAGGAUCUCGAUCCAGCGGAUCUGUCCCGUUAUUUUUAUGGGAUAGGAAUGACCCGGAGUUAGGUGAUUCCACAGGCCGGCGACACAGCUCUACAAGGGAGACUGUCUCUCCUGCUUCUGAUGUGUGGACGGUCCCGCGGUCGCUGCAAAGCCAGCCACCUAUCGAAAACGCGCCACUUCCCCUACCCGCCUCUCGCACAGAGCUCACACAGAGCACUACAGGCGGAGAUCUGCCUCCUCUGCGACCAAAGACGGGUGUCUCCUUCUCUUCAUAUUAUCUGGAAGAUCGCAAUUUGCCUUUACCAUCCCCAAAACCUAAUUUCAUUUCCGAAGUCUCUCGCUCGGGACCUGACUCCCCGAUAUAUGGUCUGGAUGGCAUUAUCACAGCUGCAGGAGACCGUUUUCCAAUCAAAACAAGAAGCGAAUCGCGGAAUUCUCGUAGCACAACAUCUUUUGACGAGCUGUUGCGUCAGCAAAGCGAGCUCGAUCAAAGCAUCGCAGCGCUGCGCUUGUUUUCUCCCCAGGCCUCCACUGCAACCACUUCGAAUGCAGCAGAUGUAGGUGUUGAAGAUGCGCUAGUGAAAUCGUCAUCAAUGGCUCCCACAGCGAGCACGGGUACCGGUUCGUAUACCGGGGUUAAAGCGGAUUCUUCUUCAGUUCCAAGUGAAUUUUCCUUGAGCAUCUUCCCGGAACCUCCAACGGAUGGUUCUGGCCUUCCCGACACUCCCGCUGCUUUAAUUGUAGGGCGGAGUAUGGCAAUUCCGUCGCUCAUUAUUGAUGAGGUCCCUUCGAUACCUACUUCGCCUAAUGGACUAGGCACCGGACGAUUUGGUUCAGCUGGAACCCAGUAUGAUGUAACGUCUUUCAUUGGUGGUUUGACUCAUCCGACAGGUAACCAGCAAACCUCGGUUAUCUUCAAAGGGACAGACUUGAGCGAUGUUGAAUCAAUGGAUGAGAAUCCCACCAUAGUCACUGGGACAAACGUCUCUGCGCGACCACUCCUGGUAAAUUCAGUGAUGCCACCGUCAGCCUCUCUAUCUUCAAGGCAGGAUUCUUUGUCAAUCGACCCAGUCUCGGCGCGACAAAUCGCGACACUACGACCGUUUCUAUUGGGAAAUGUCACCUCAGCGCCGUCACCACUGUCGGGUACAGCGCCUACUCCGUAUGUUUCGCGAAACCCGCCUAUUGGGCCACGUAGACCGAUACCUAUAUUGGGGCGGUCAGUCGGCUACCGACUUUUAAUCAGUGGUCCCAAGCCGACGGAAGGAGUGGAAGAGCCCGACGCAUAUGAACGGCCGAGGCAGGCACCCCUCAUUGAAUCGGGUGGUUCUUGAGUUAAUUAUCAAUUUGUAUCAUUAUAAGUAAAUAACUACUAUGACGUCACGCGAAUACCGCUUGCCUUGCUACCACCAUGUCCCUAUUCCCUGACUACUACAAGCUCUUGGAUGUCCCUCAGUCUGCAUCGCAAGAUGAAAUCCGGCAGG